AUGCGCUACUUUAUAAAUCUCAUCCAUAGCCUAGCCGGUGCCCGCGAUGCUCUUCUCGCGAGUCUGCGUGCUAACAGGCCAGGACAAAGCAACUCCAGCGCCCGAAGCUCUCGUUUGGACGAGACGUUGCUGAACAUCGAACGACAGCAGUCAAGCCAAAGUUCAAGCCAACCCAGGUCUGCAUCCAUCCUCCUAUAUCUUCUCAGCGCCGCAGUGGCAGCCAUGGUACUUGUGCAUCUACUGCUUGGUCUCGGCCCGCAGUCAGCGUCUGCAGGAUCAAGCGCUCAGUUGCCGGGGACGUCAGCCUACGUUGCGCCGUAUGGAUUCCCAACAAGCGCCUUCUCCAGCUACUACUUUCUUCCCGCCAAGCCUACACAACAGCCGCAGCCUGCGUUGUAUGAUCCCGUAUUGAACAUUACAUAUCCUGCAAAUUUGACCAACCCCGAUACCAUCCCCGACGAAGAUCCCGAUCCGGUCUUCUAUCCAAGCCCUACGGUCUCGCUCAGCGCUGCCUCAGCAACAAGUUAUCUUGACGCAGUGGUUAAGAAUGUCACGGCCAUACUCCAAGCUGGUGGCUCGAGCAACUGCACCAUCUGCAAAAAUGCCCUAGCAGCUGCAAAGCCUGCAGCUCUUGCAGUCCCUUCCUUGGUUCCUGAUGCCAUGGUCAGCCUCUGUUCAAAGUUCAAGCUUCACUCAAACGUGACAUGUGCGGAGGACUUCGCCGCCACCAACUUUGGUGCCAUUUGGACGCAGAUCCUUGCAUAUGCUGACCUCGACGGCCUUGAUGGUGACUACAUAUGCUCGUCUAUCGGCAGCUUUUGCAAGGCUCCAAAAACAUCUCCAUUGGACACAUCAAAGCUGUUUCCCAAGCCAAAACCAAAGAACUGUACCGCCCCCAAGCCAAGUGGGAAGCGCGUUAAAGUUCUGCACAUGUCUGAUUUCCAUCUCGAUCCAAGAUACUCCGUUGGCUCCGAAGGUAAUUGCUCAUCCAAUCUGUGCUGCAGAGCGAACAACCCGAAUCCGACCGGUGGUAUUCUUCAACCUGCUCCGUUGUAUGGCACUUUCAAAUGCGACACGCCAUAUGAUCUCGGUCUUGCGGCGCUACAAGCAGUAGGCCCACUCACAGGAACAGAUUCGGAAAACCCUCUUGGAUGGACAAUCUACACCGGAGACCUCGUCAGCCACGAUCCUCAGUCCGAGCUUUCGCGAGCAUAUACUGAGUACGCUGAGACAAGCAUCUACGGAAUGUUCAAGUCUUACCUUACUGGACCUGUCUUUGCAGCGCUAGGAAACCAUGACAGCAACCCAGAGGCUAUAGACGCCCCGCACAGCCUUCCUGGGCCACUUGGCCAACAACAGAGCUGGAACUACGACCACGUUGCUGGACUAUGGAAACACGAAGGUUGGAUUGAUGAUCAGGCAGUCGCAAGUGCCAAGACUCAUUAUGGUGCUUAUUCGAUCAAGAAUCACUACGGCCUUCGAAUAAUCACAUUCAAUACAGAUUUCUUCUACAAGUCAAACUUCUUGAACUUCAUCAACACGACAAAUCCGGAUAACAGCGGAAUGUUCAAGUUCAUGAUCGACGAACUUCAGGCGGCUGAGGAUGCAGGAGAACGUGUUUGGAUCAUGGGACAUGUUCUCUCAGGUUGGGAUGGAACUAAUCCACUUCCAAACCCGACGAACCUCUUCUACCAGAUCGUGGAUCGUUAUUCACCCCACGUGAUUGCGAAUGUGUUCUUCGGUCAUACUCAUGAGGACCAUUUUAUGAUUUAUUACGCCAAUAAUGGUACUCUACAAAGAGCUGAUACUGCACUGUCUACUGGCUGGAUCGGACCAUCGGUAACACCAUUGACCAAUUUGAAUUCUGGAUUCCGUCUGUACGAAGUUGAUACGGGAGACUUCAACAUCUACGAAGCAUAUACGUUCUAUUCAAACGUUAGCUCCUUCCCUUCACUCUCGAAUACUGGUCCAACAUUCAAAUUCGAAUACAGCACUCGUGAUACCUAUGGCUCACAAGCAGGUUGGCCAUCUGAUGCUCCACUAAACGCCACCUUCUGGCACAAAGUCACCGAAGCGAUGGAAAGAAAUCAUACUCUGGUGAGCGUGCAAAACAUGUAUCAGGGCAAGAUGAGUGUGAAAAGUCCGAAUUGUACCUCCUCUGCUUGCGCUAAAGCGAAGAUCUGCUACAUGAGAAGUGGAAGUGUCGCGCUCGGUUCAAGCUGUCCGCAAGGAUUUGGAUCCGUCCAGAGCGCAUUUACAGGAAAUAACACCGCAUGA